GGCCUCCCACCGACCCCCGCAGGAGAGGGCGGCUUGCUGUUUCACCGCCUCACCUGGCCCUGAGCAGGGGAAGAAGGAACUGAGCCCUUAGGGGACUGGGCGUCUGCGCUGCUCCAGCCCUGAGGCCAGCCACCGUCCCUGCAGACUUGCCAAGACUGCUCGUGACAGGGGUCCGGAGGGACCUGACUGGGAAGGGUUAAUCAGGGGUUUCAGGGUGCUCCAAACAUGAGUCCUGAGUGCUCCUCAUAGAUGCGCUAGCCAAUCCUAGGCAACAGAAGCAUGAACUAUAUGUAGCAUGGUGUAAAAAGCGAGGUAAAGAAAAUAGGGUGUACACCAUGACGGCAUAUCAGAAGGCAGGAGACUGAUUUUUGGGGGCUACGAUUCCUGUGCUACUUAGAGAUCAUCACGCAUUUAAAAAGGUGUUGAGGGAAAGCUAAGAGAAUGAAGGCUCUAAGUCCCCAGUGGAAGCAUGAUAUGGCGAUGCAGUGCUGGUGCUGAAUUGUUCUCUCUGAUGGCUCUAUGGGAGUGGAUAGCACUGAGUCUUCAUUGCUGGGUUUUAGCGGUUGCUGCUGUUUCGGAUCAGCAUGCCACAAGCCCCUUCGACUGGCUCCUCUCUGAUAAGGGACCCUUCCAUCGCUCACAGGAAUACACAGAUUUUGUGGACAGAAGUCGUCAGGGAUUUAGCACAAGAUACAAGAUUUACAGGGAGAAGAAAAGCCAGACAGAAAACUCUGGCAGGAUCAUGGAAGGAGAGACGAGAUUCACAGUAACAACAGGUGUAUUGGUAAUAACGAGAGAGUUUGGCCGCUGGAAAGUAAACAAUCUUGCUGUUGAAAGAAGAAAUUUCCUUGGCUCCCCACUGCCACUUGCCCCUGAAUUCUUCCGUAACAUAAGGCUACUAGGACGCCGCCCGACACUUCAACAAAUCACAGAAAACCUUAUCAAGAAGUAUGGGACACACUUCCUACUAUCAGCUACCUUGGGAGGAGAGGAGUCACUCACAAUUUUUGUGGACAAAAGGAAGCUGAGCAAGAGGUCAGAAGGAAGUGAUCCCAGCACCAACAGCUCUGCAGUGACUCUGGAGACUCUGCACCAGCUUGCAGCCUCCUACUUCAUUGACAGGGACAGCACUCUGCGCAGACUCCACCACAUCCAGAUAGCCUCCACUGCCAUAAAGGUAACAGAAACGCGGACUGGUCCUCUUGGCUGCAGUAACUAUGACAACCUAGAUUCUGUCAGUUCUGUUCUGGUUCAGAGUCCUGAAAAUAAGAUUCAGUUGCAAGGUCUUCAGGUCAUCCUCCCUGAGUAUCUUCAAGAACAUUUUGUCCAGGCAGCUCUGAGCUAUAUUGCCUGCAAUUCAGAGGGGGAGUUCAUUUGCAAGGACAAUGACUGCUGGUGUCAGUGUGGCCCCAGAUUCCCAGAGUGCAACUGUCCCUACAUGGACAUUCAAGCCAUGGAAGAAAAUCUACUCCGCAUAAGUGAAACUUGGAAUGCAUACAACAGUGAAUUUGAAGAAUCUGAUGAAUUCAAAUUAUUUAUGAAGAGGCUGCCCAUGAAUUAUUUCUUGAACACAUCUACUGUAAUGCAUUUGUGGACAAUGGAUUCUAAUUUUCAACGUCGCUAUGAGCAACUAGAAAACAGCAUGAAGCAGCUCUUCCUCAAGGCACAGAAAAUUGUUCACAAGCUCUUUGGCCUUAGCAAGAGAUGCCAUAAACAGCCACUGAUCCGCAUGCCAAGGCAGAGAUCUUCCAACUAUUGGCUCAACCGCAUCCAGUCCUUUCUCUACUGCAAUGAAAAUGGCCUCCUGGGGAGCUUUUCUGAAGAGACUCACACAUGUACCUGCCCUAAUGAUCAAGUUGCCUGCCAUGGGUUCCUUCCCUGCACGAUUGGAGAUGGUUCUGCAUGUUUGAGCUGUGCCCCUGACAACCGCACCCGUUGUGGGAGCUGCAAUGCUGGAUACAUGCUAAGCCAAGGGAUUUGCAAGCCUGAAGUGGCAGAAUCAACAGAACACUACAUUGGGUUCGAGACUGAUCUUCAGGACUUGGAAAUGAAGUAUUUACUGCAGAAGACAGAUAGGAGAAUUGAGGUCCAUGCAAUUUUCAUCAGCAACGACAUGCGCCUCAACAGCUGGUUUGAUCCUUCCUGGCGCAAGCGGAUGCUCCUUACCCUUAAGAGUAACAAGUACAAGUCUAGCCUGGUUCAUAUGAUACUGGGCCUCUCUCUUCAAAUCUGCCUAACUAAAAACAGCACCUUAGAGCCUGUUCUUGCUGUUUACAUCAACCCUUUUGGGGGCAGCCACUCUGAGAGCUGGUUUAUGCCUGUGAAUGAAAAUAAUUUCCCAGACUGGGAGCGGACUAAGCUGGACUUACCCCUUCAGUGUUAUAACUGGACACUGACUCUGGGCAACAAGUGGAAGACAUUUUUUGAAACAGUACACAUCUAUCUGAGGAGUCGAAUAAAGUCAAAUGGUCCAAAUGGCAAUGAGAGCAUCUACUAUGAACCCCUGGAAUUUAUUGAUCCCUCAAGAAAUCUGGGCUAUAUGAAAAUCAAUAACAUCCAAGUGUUUGGCUACAGCAUGCACUUUGACCCAGAAGCCAUUCGAGACUUGAUUUUGCAGCUGGACUACCCCUAUACUCAGGGAUCACAGGAUUCGGCACUUUUGCAGCUGUUAGAAAUACGUGAUCGUGUAAAUAAACUCUCUCCACCUGGUCAACGUCGUCUAGACCUCUUCUCUUGCUUGCUCCGUCAUAGACUCAAACUGUCUACCAGUGAAGUGGUGAGGAUUCAAUCUGCUUUGCAGGCAUUUAAUGCCAAAUUGCCAAACACAGUGGAUUAUGACACAACCAAAUUAUGUAGUUAACCAUAAAUGUGAAGCACAACACAAAACCUUGAAGGAGUUUUUACAGUGCUUUUGUGGAACAGUUUAUGUUUGGAAGAGUAAAUUUAAAUUGUCUUUUCAAUAUCUGUCUUAUAUCAGUCAAUACUGUUGGAUGGCAAUUUACACACAUGAACUUGCUGACAAUGAAUAUAUUAUACCUGCAGUUUUGGUUUAUGAAUGAAAUAAAUACUGACACCAGUCUAGAAGACAUUCUACUUUUUACAAUAAAUUUCAUUUGUAAUUUUAUAUGUUCUGUGGCAAUGCUUUUGUGCAUUACAUCCUCUAGAGGGAACAGAGAAGGAUACCAAUAAAAUUUUGUAGCUGAACAGUUAUUAAAAAGAAA